CGGCCGCCCCCUCCUCCGCCGGGCCGCGCCGCCGCUCUUUGUGCCGCCCCGCCCCUGCCCGCCGGCCGCUGAUGCCGCCCGGACCGCAGUGCCCCGCCAGAGCUCUGAUGGUACCAGGCGACAGGCCGGCCCUGCUGUGACUCGGGGACACCAGCUCUCCUGAGACCAUGUCGGCGAUACAGGCCGCCUGGCCCUCGGGCACGGAGUGCAUCGCCAAGUACAGCUUCCACGGCACCGCCGAGCAGGACCUGCCCUUCUGCAAAGGAGACGUGCUCACCAUCGUGGCCGUCACCAAGGACCCCAACUGGUACAAAGCCAAGAACAAGGUGGGCCGUGAGGGCAUCAUUCCCGCCAACUACGUCCAGAAGCGAGAGGGCGUGAAGGCGGGCACCAAGCUCAGCCUCAUGCCCUGGUUCCACGGCAAGAUCACGCGGGAGCAGGCCGAGCGGCUCCUGUACCCGCCGGAGACGGGCCUGUUCCUGGUGCGGGAGAGCACCAACUACCCCGGGGACUACACGCUGUGCGUGAGCUGCGACGGGAAGGUGGAGCACUACCGCAUCAUGUACCACGCCAGCAAGCUCAGCAUCGACGAGGAGGUAUACUUCGAGAACCUCAUGCAGCUGGUGGAGCACUACACCUCGGACGCCGACGGACUGUGCACGCGCCUCAUCAAACCAAAGGUCAUGGAGGGCACGGUGGCCGCCCAGGACGAGUUCUACCGCAGUGGCUGGGCGCUCAACAUGAAAGAGCUGAAGCUGCUGCAGACCAUCGGGAAGGGGGAGUUCGGAGACGUGAUGCUAGGCGAUUACCGGGGCAACAAAGUGGCCGUGAAGUGCAUCAAGAGCGACGCCACGGCCCAGGCCUUCCUGGCAGAAGCCUCGGUCAUGACGCAACUUCGGCACAGCAACCUGGUGCAGCUGCUGGGCGUGAUCGUGGAGGAGAAGGGCGGGCUCUACAUUGUCACCGAGUACAUGGCCAAGGGGAGCCUGGUGGACUACCUGCGGUCGCGCGGCCGCUCGGUGCUGGGCGGAGACUGCCUCCUCAAGUUCUCGCUAGAUGUCUGUGAGGCCAUGGAGUACCUGGAGGGCAACAACUUCGUGCACCGGGACCUGGCCGCCCGCAACGUGCUGGUGUCCGAGGACAACAUGGCCAAGGUCAGCGACUUCGGCCUCACCAAGGAGGCCUCCAGCACCCAGGACACGGGCAAGCUGCCGGUCAAGUGGACGGCCCCCGAGGCCCUGCGGGAGAAGAAGUUUUCCACCAAGUCCGACGUGUGGAGCUUCGGGAUCCUCCUCUGGGAGAUCUACUCCUUCGGGCGAGUGCCUUACCCAAGAAUUCCCCUGAAGGAUGUGGUCCCUCGGGUGGAGAAGGGCUACAAGAUGGACGCCCCGGACGGCUGCCCGCCCGCCGUCUACGAGGUCAUGAAGAACUGCUGGCGCCUGGACGCCGCCUCCCGGCCCUCCUUCCUGCAGCUGCGGGAGCAGCUGGAACACAUCAAGACCCACGAGCUGCACCUGUGACCUCCGGCGCCCGCGGGCCCCGGGCCUGCGGGGCCAAGCCUGGAUGACCAGUCAGUCGGUUGGUCCGCCGGUGGGCCGCGGACCCGGCCCCUGAACUGAGCCCAGCGUCCUGGGCCCCCCACCUGCGCCCCGCACCUGCCCGGUGCACCUGCCCGGCGGGCUUGGGCGCCCCCUGCCGGCCGCGGCGGGGACAGCAGCGGAGGCGGUGGAGGAGGGGGCUGUGCCCCGGGCCCGGGGCGCCCGCCGGCUGACUUAGAGUUCUGCCCCUCUCCUUCCCGGAGACUUUUUUUUUUCCGUGUGUUUAUUUUUUAUUGUUUUUCAAGAUAAGGAGAAAAAGUACCCAGCCAGUGGGCAUUUUACAAGAAGUACGAAUCUCGUUUUUCCCCCUUCCCCGACCCGGGCCUGCCUGUGCGGGUGGGGGGCUGGGCCCCACCCCGUGUCCGUCCGCGUCCCGUGUCGCCUCGGCCGCGCUUGACCGUGUCGCACUGUUGCAUGCGCCCGCGUCCGCGUCCGCCGGGGGGCCCGGGGGUCGCGCGCCGCCGCCUGUGAGCCGCAGCCGUAAUAAACGCUCCGUGCGGACCCCGCCGCGCUCCGCC